AUGACACUAACCUUUCGACGCAAGUUGCUUCGCAUUCGUUCUAAAGAGGGCAUGCACAGAGUCCAAGUGGACAAUGACGAAACAUUCGGAACACUUGCUCAAAAAAUAGCAGAAUUACUACACAUAAACGACCCAUCAACAAUAUCCAUGGGAAAAGAUCCCAAUCCUUCAACAGCUGCAUCACUUACUCAGCUAGCUGAUAAGACUAUCCAGUCUGCUAAUCUCAAACACGGUGACAUAGUAUAUGUUUCUUAUGCUGAACAAGCUCAACCUAUUGUUAAUCACAAAGAUACCGACACGUCAUCACCUAUGCCUCGAGAUCAUGUAAAGCAAGAUCCUGUAGAUGAUUUUCUAGAGAAGCAAAGAGGACUUAUUCAUCGUAAGAAGGAUCCUAAAUUCUGUCGACACGGAGGUAAUGCCAUGUGCGACUAUUGUAUGCCACUUGAGCCGUAUGAUGCCAGCUAUCUUGAGGAGAAUAAGAUCAAACACAUGUCUUUCCAUGCCUAUUUACGUCAACUUACAGCCUCACAACAGAGCAAGAAUGUACCUGUACUGGAAGAACAGGAUUUUAGAGUCAAGGUGCCUUGUUCGGGUGGCCAUGCUCCAUGGCCAGAGGGUAUCUGUACCAAAUGUCAACCCAGUGCUAUCACAUUACAGCAGCAGGCCUAUCGUAUGGUAGAUCACAUUGAAUUUUCAUCAGCUUCUAUUAUUGAAUCGUUCCUAAACUAUUGGCGUGCCUCUGGAUCUCAACGUUUUGGAUAUUUGUAUGGUCGAUAUGAGCCCUAUCUUGAUAUCCCACUAGGUAUCAAAGCUGUUGUUGAAGCCAUAUACGAACCACCACAACAGGAUCACUCGGACGGUAUCCAAUUAAACCUGCCUUGGGAAGAAGAAGAAAAGAUCAACAAAGUAGCAGAAGCAUGUGGAUUAGUUAAAGUGGGUAUGGUCUUUUCAGAUCUAAUUGACGAUGGAACAGGCACCGGUAAAGUUAUUCCCAAGCGACACGUCAAUUCCUAUUUCCUUUCUUCGCUUGAAUGCAUUUUUGCUGCUGAGAUGCAGAAAAGACAUCCUAAUAUCUCUAGACACUCCAUCUCUGGAAAGUUUGGCUCCAAGUUUGUAACAUGCGUCAUUUCUGGUGAUACAGAGGGUAAUAUUGAUGUCAAUGCAUAUCAAGUGUCAGACACAUUGGCAGCACUUCAGGAAGCCGAAAUUGUUGAACCCAGUAGAAACCCGUCAGUGAUGCGUGUAAAGGACAGUAUUCCGCAUGAACGAUAUGUGCCUGAAGUAUUUUACAAAUUUAAGAAUGAAUACAAUGUGGUUGUCAAGCAGUCAGCCAAACCAACGUUUCCUGUGGAGUAUUUGUUGGUGAAUGUUACCCAUGGUUUUCCGCACAACCCAUCACCUAUGUUUAACUCAACCUCAACAUUUCCCGUGGAAAACAGAGAUGGCCUGGCGCAUCAAAGUAUGAGCGAAUUAGCUAAAACAAUAGAUUCAGCACAAAACGACGAUCAACUCAAAAAUGUCUUGGCGGAUUUCCAUCUGUUAUGCUUUAUUCAAUCUGCUGAUAUUCUGAAUCUUGAAGAGUUUAAAGAGCUCUGUCAAAUAGUGACCCAACCAAAUGGUGAUAUGAAGAGAUUAAGGGAACUGAAUGGAUGGAUGACACUUGAGUUACUGUUAAAGGAAACAGGCAAACAUACAACAACUACAGUAAAGGCAUCAACCAAUGCAUCUUCUGAAAUCUCAUGCAGACACUGUACCUUUAUGAAUCCAUCAAGUAAUGAAAGCUGUGAGAUGUGCGGUUUACCUUUGUCACAAUAA